GUUACGAGUUGAGCUUCGAGUUUUGAGAUCGCUCGAUCAAUGAUUAUUACAAUUGUUAUAAUUAAUUAUUAUUUGAGCAUUAUUAUAUAAUAACUAUUUUUAGUAAAAUAUAUUUAUUAUUAUAUAGUAAUAUUUAUUUUAUUAUUUUAUGAUAAUAUUUUAAAAUCUUAAAAUCCAUUUUAUAAUCUUAAAAUCUAUUUUAAAAUUUUAAAAUCUACUUUAAAAUAAUAUAAUUACUUACUUUUCACUCUAUUUGCACCCACUACUUUUUCAUCCAAACAACAAUUUACCCCUCCACUUACAACCCCAACAAUUUACCCCUCAACUUGCACCCCUGCAAUUUGCACCCCAGCCAAACAGAGCGUAAAUAACUAAAUAUCCUCGACGUGACCCGAAAUAGUGAAUUGGGCUAAAGCCCAGAUGAGUACUAGAUUUAGCCCUCGAAAACCAGAAAACAAAAGGAAGCUUCACUCUCCCGCCUCCGGCGAUUCCCCACCGCCAUCUCCGAGCUCCCACUCUGCCCAUGGCGGCGUCUCGUCUGGUUCCCAGAUUACAUUGCCUUAAGAAUACGCUCCCCUUAUCUCCACCCUCACUGAUUUCUAUCUGCUUCCGCUAUCAUCAAUCAGUUUCAGUCCCCUGUGCCGGUGACGUUCACCACGACGGCGGCUCCAAUUCAUCGUCGUCACCGCCGGUGGAACAAUCUCUGGCCCGCUCAAUCUGUUCCAUGGUAAGCGAAUCGUUCUGGCAGCAAACUUCUCACGCGAGUAAAUCGCCUCCAGAGCUCGUUCUGGGGAUAAACCCUGAGGAUUUGUCCCGCGAACAGGCCAUCACGGUUGUUGCUUCGCUUGCGGAGCAAGAGGGCUCGAUGGUGGCUCUUAGUUUCUUCUAUUGGGCGAUUGGGUUCCCCAAGUUCAGACAUUUCAUGAGGUUUUACAUUGUCUCUGCUACUUCUGUACUUGGGAACAAGAAUUUUGAGGUAGCUCAUGAAGUGAUGCGGUGUAUGGUGAGGAGUUUUUCUGAGAUUGGGAAGUUGAAGGAGUCUGUGAACAUGGUUAUUGAGAUGCGUAACCAGGGAUUGGCAUUGAGCUCUAGGACAAUGAACUAUAUAAUCGAGAUUGCUUGUCGGAUGGGCCUGUUUGAGUAUGCAGAGGACGUGUUUGAUGAAAUGCGUGUUAGAGAUGUGUGUCCGGACUCGACUAGUUACAAGUUGAUAGCUUUGGCUUAUUGCAGAAUGGGGAAAGUGUCAGUUGCAGAUAGGUGGUUAGGGGAUAUGGUUGAGAGAGGUUUUCUUGUUGAUAAUGCUACUUGUACUUUGAUGAUUACCGCAUUUUGUGAAGAAGGGUUGGGGAAUAGAGCAUAUUGGUAUUUCAAUAAGUGGAUUCAGAUGGGUUUGAAACCGAAUUUGAUAAACUUUACUGCUCUGAUCAAUGGGUUGUGCAAGAGGGGGAGCAUUAAGCAAGCAUUCGAGACGUUAGAGGAGAUGGUGCAGAAUGGGUGGAAGCCAAAUGUUUAUACUCAUACGGUCUUGAUUGAUGGGCUGUGUAAAAAAGGCUGGACCGAGAAGGCAUUUAGGUUGUUUCUUAAGCUUGUUAGAAGUGACAAUUACAAGCCAAAUGUACAUACUUAUACUUCCAUGAUUAAUGGGUAUUGCCAAGAGCACAAGUUGACUAGGGCGGAGAUGUUAUUCAGCAGAAUGAAGGAGCAGGGAUUGGUCCCCAACACCAAUUCGUAUACUUGUCUCAUCAAUGGACAUUCUAAAGCCGGAAAUUUCGAAAGAGCGUAUGAAUUAAUGGAUAUCAUGGGUAAAGAAGGUUUUGCUCCUAAUAUAUUUACUUACAAUUCUCUUCUGAAUGGGUUAUGCAAAAAGCAGAGGUUUUGGGAGGCUUAUGAACUGCUUAAGACGGGAAUCCAAAGUGGACUACAGGCUGAUAAGGUGACUUACACCAUCCUCAUGUGUGAGCAUUUCAAGCAGGCUGAUUACAAGUGUGGCCUCGCAUUUUUCAGUAAGGUGUUCAAAAAUGGAUUCCAACAUGACAUGCAUACGUAUAACGCACUGAUUGCUGCUAGUUGCAGACAGAAAAAGAUGAAGGAAAGUGAGAAAUUCUUUGAGGAAGCUGUUAGUCUUGGUUUGGUUCCUACAAAGGAAACAUACACAUCCAUGAUAUGUGGAUAUUGUCGAGAUGGAAAGGUCAGCUUGGCUAUGAAAAUUUUCAGCAAGAUGAAAGAGCGUCGAUGUUUGCCCGAUAGUUUUACCUAUGGAGCUCUAAUAAGCGGGCUCUGCAAAGAAUCCAAGUUGGAUGAGGCCCGUCAGUUGUAUGAUACGAUGUUCGAUCGUGGCCUGUCCCCGUCAGAAGUGACCCGUGUGACAUUAGCAUAUGAGUACUUUAAACAAGAUGAUUCUGCAACUGCAAUUAUCAUCAUGGAGCGCUUGGAGAAGAAGUUGUGGAUUCGUACUGCUACUACAUUGAUCAGGAAGCUUUGCAGUGAGAAGAAAGUGGGGAUUGCCUCACUUUUGUUUCAUAAAUUGCUGGACAAGGAUUCAAAUGUUGAUCGUGUAACUUUGGCUGCAUUCACCACAUCUUGCUAUGAGUCCAACAAGUAUGCUCUUGUCUCUGACUUGUCAAAGAGAAUUUCUCGAUGAUUUCCUGACAUGGAGCAAUUGAUCGAGCUCAACGUGGAUCUAUACUGCUUCCACUUGCCAAGGGGUAUUUGCUCAUGCCGGGUCUGCUCUGAAACUGCCUUCACACUCAGGUUAGCUUGAAACAGUUUGAUUGUCCGAUCUCCAUGUUAGUGUAAUUUAUUAUCUUCCAGCUUGUUUUGAAGGUUCGGCGAGUAGUAUGCUGUUCUCAUCAUUUCAUUUUCCUAAGCGAAUCAAUUGGCUAAGGAUCUAGCUUAGCUUUAAAUCAGGUGCAAGCAGCUGGAGAGCCUCUUACUUCCCAUGUUAUUGUUCAUCUUUUUUGUUCAUGUAAUCUCAGAAGAGAAGAACUAUGAUGAAUGCUCCCUGCAAGUUAGAGAAUAUAGGACGGUACUUGCCAAAUUUAUCAGUCUUGGGACUUGAAGUUGGCCAUCAUCACCAGAAUGAGUUAUUUGGGUUAUCACGGGUGAACGACAGCUGUUCAUUAUAUGGCAUAAAUGUCGUCGGGAUAUAAGGGGCAACAUAGGCUGAUGGUAAAGAAUCUAGCAUGUUGGUAUGACCAUACCAUUUCAGAAAGAACAGUUUUUACUGAUGCAUAAUCCUUGGGAGUGGAUAUGCAGUAUUUCAUGCUAAGUUGAGUACUUGAGUUACAUGGCUGGCCAAGGAAAUCAUUUGGCUAGGUGCAGAUUCACAGUAUGGAGAAUAUGCUCCUAUUGCUUCUUGGCUGAGGGACUAUCACAUUGCCUGUAAUUUCUGCUUCAUCUCCUCAGAAGGCCGAUUCGUCUGUUAAACGAAGUGGGCUCAAUGCGUUGAAAGAAGAAUCUCUUGUUUUAAAUCAGGAUAUGAUUUGGUGGGUUUAGACUUUCUGCGACAAUGGUUGCUUCCCUUAGUCUUGAAGGUCACUGAUGGAUUACAGAAUGGAAGUUCGGUGUUACGACAUUGCAUGACAUCGAGGGCGCACAUCUACACUUGCAAGUUCAUUAUACCACCAGGUAAUUUUGUUUGCUUAUUAAUUGUGUAACAGCAUAGUGAGGUUUUCUCAUUUCCUUGAAGAUGCAUGUCUUAACUUCUUGGACUGACUUCUUCCUCUGACUAACCCCAUCCGUUAGAUUGAAAAGAAAACUAAUGUCCAAAACUAAUUAAUGAGAAACAUCUCCUCCUUGACUAGUCAUACACUCUUAUCAGACUCCAUUAAUUUUCCAGAUUCUCCUGCACCAAUCCAAAUCCAUUAACAAGAAAGAGAGAAUCAGAAAAACCAAAUGAAGAAUUAUGUGUCAU